AAAACGAAAAUAGAUCAUGGAUGGUGGUCUGGUCAAACAAAUUCAGCGUUGUUGACCAUGCCACCUCACCGCCACCUUUGGGUAAUUUCAUCAAAUGGUGCUUUCGGCUCUUGGCCACUAUACAAAUAGCCUUGAGGGUUUUCUUUCUUUGUUUGUAAUUCAUAAUUUAUAUAUUUUCCAAAUCAAAGGCUCUCCUUUCCCUUUUGUAGUUUGUGCACCGAUUCGAUCAUCGGUUCGGUUUCCCUUUUAUCCAAACAAUUUGGCUUCUCAAUACCACACCCUACCAUGGACAAAAACAACCACCCCUACACAUUCUUCCUCACCCUCCUCUGCUGCUCUCUUUUGCUCCUAAUUCUGUCAGGACAACAAGGAGUGGAAGCUUCAGGUCACCACCACCACCGGCACCAUCACCAUCACCUUUAUAGUUUCCGUCCAACAAAAUUGUUCGUCUUCGGGGACUCAUACUCCGACACAGGCAACAACAGGAAAUCUGAAGCCAGUUCUUGGAAAUAUCCUUAUGGGAUUACCUUCCCCGGAAAACCCAGUGGUCGUUUUUCCGAUGGCCGAGUCUUGACCGAUUUCCUAGCUAAGUUUGUGGGAGUGAGAUCGCCAUUGCCAUACCAGUGGAGAAAUGUGGCAAAAAAAUAUUUGAAAUAUGGAAUGAACUUCGCACAUGGAGGGACAGGUGUUUUCAACACAUUGGUCACCGAUCCAAACAUGACGGUCCAGAUUGAUUUGUUUCAGCAACUCAUCAAACAAUGUGUCUACAAUCUAACUGACCUCCACACUUCCGUUGCUCUUGUCACCGUUGCUGGCAAUGACUACUCUGCUUACAUCGUCAAAAAUGGCACCGCUCAGGGUUUCCCAUCUUUCAUCACGUCAGUGGUGAAUCAACUCUACCUGAAUUUGAAACGCAUCCAUAGCUUGGGAGUGAACAAAAUAGCAGUAACAGCUCUUGAGCCUUUGGGAUGUCUACCUCGGAGCACGGCCAUAACAUCAUUCCAACAGUGCAAUGGAACCGAAAACACGCUCGUAAACUUGCACAAUGCCUUGUUACAGCAAGCUGUGGCCAAGCUCAACAAUGAAACUAAGGAUUCUGCUUUCUUAAUUCUCGAUCUCUAUGCCUCUUUCAUGACCGUUUUCAAGAACAAAGGGGACGGACUAGGAAAUAUUAAAUUUGAGAACCCAAUGAAGCCCUGUUGUAUUGGUAUAAGCAGUGAAUAUUCGUGCGGGAGUGUAGAUAAAAGUGGAGCAAAGAAGUAUACCAUUUGCGAUGACCCUCAAUCCACAUUCUUUUGGGAUGCUGCUCAUCCUACGCAGCAAGGAUGGACGGCUGUGUAUUCAGCUUUGCAAGCCACUCUGGACCAAAUUUUUUCAAAGACCGAUUAGUUUUAAUUGUUGUGAAUUAAUGGUGAUCAUAUGCUAGUUAUUUUGUUUUUGCAUUUAUUCAUUUUUUGGGCUAUUGUGAUUUUUGUUGUAAAAUUGCUUGUGAAUUUGGUCAAUAUGUGCGUGUUCAAGAAUUAAUAAUGUUAUUUUACUGUCAGCUGUUUACAUUA